GCCCGAGCCAAGCGGCCCUGCCGAGCGAGGGUCGCAGUGCGGCCGCUGCCGCCCUCGCGCGCAGCGCCCUCUGCAGGGCGGGCCGAGGCCUUGCCGCGCAGACCGUGUCCCCCUGCCCUUCUCGCCCCUCGGGCGCCAGCUGUGCGCCGGCUGGGGGGCGCGGGGGGGCGUCGCCGAGCCGCGCUCGGGGCAUCCCGCCAUGCCGCCGAGGAAACCGAAGGUUACGCGGGCCCCGCCAGAGGGACCCCAUCAGCACGCAGAUGAUGAUGAGGCCGCUGCCCAAUGGGGUCCCGGCGGCCUCGUCGGCGACGUGGAGAAGACGUGCCCGGAGGUGGGCAUGGACCUGCAGGACACGUGUCCAGAGCUGGCCGACCAGAAUCAGGCCGCCACAUCGCCAGACCGCACCUGCUCGGACUGCGGGUCCUCGCUGCUCGAGGGGGGCGCUGGCGGCGACGCGGCCUCGUCGGUUAUGCUUGAAGACGACCGGAGGCGUCGGCCGCCGC